UUUCUUGAAAUCCAGUUAUUUACGGCAAAGUUUCACACUUUCUCUUGAAAGUUGAAUCUCGAGCAGAAGAAAUUCUAGGGAAAGAUCAUGGAGAUGGAGAUGGCGGAGAUCUAGGAAAAGGAAACAGCGCAAGUUGGAUUUGGUGGUAUUUGGAACAAAACAUUCAAUAUAACUCGAGGUCCGUAAAGAUUUUCUUCGCUUUGCAUGUAAAGUGAAGUGACAUUUUGGAAGAAAAGAUGCUGCGAGGAACGAAUUGGACGAGAACGGAGAAAUUCUGACGGCGAAUUCGGUGGCUCAUGAUAAAACGAAAGAAACCGUAAUCCAUCUUGUGUGGCGUCAAAAGUUCGCGUGCGAUGAAAAUUCAACGAGCCCACUAUUAUCCUCGAAAUUUACAGUUACGUCCCACUUUAUCGCUCAGUGAACAAAAACGAGAUGCGAAGAAAACGUUUACAACAGAUAAGGAUUAGAUUUGUUUCGAUUGACGCUUUGAUUUAUUAUCUCAAGUCUUGGAGAGUUUCAAGUUCACUCAAGAGUGGAAAUUCUUUCAUUUUCGGCUCGGAAACUGACAUUUUUUUAAAUUGGGAUAUAACAGAUAAGAAAAAAAACCUAGUGCGUAAAAUGAAGAUGCCGGCGAAAAACGUCGCGGACUGGACAUCGGAAGACGUGUCAGUCUGGUUAGAGGAAAUUGGCCACGGACGGUUUUCCUACCUCUUCCGCGAGGUGCACGACAUCGACGGAAAGGCUCUUCUAACCCUGCGAGAGGAAGACUUAAGAUCUUCGGCGAUGAACAUCAAGAAGAUCGGCGACAUAAAGAGGCUAUACAUCAGUAUAAAACAGUUGCAAAGAGACAAUAUCUCACUUCUCUUCGAGCUGGGACACGUAGAUCUGUUUUCAAGUUCAAAUUUUUACUCAUCGCAGAGACCAGAGAUUCCCAGCACGGGUGGAACGAAUAACGAGGGCUCGGUUGAGCACGAAUUUUACUCAGCUUCAGUUUCGGAAGAUGGUCAUGCCUCGCAUCUACCUCCGGAAAUUUGGAAGACGUUCAUUAGCUUAGCGUAUUUAUUUAUCGUCACUUGGAUCACUGCCUUUGUCAUGGUGAUUGUUCAUGACCGUGUGCCUGACAUGAAAAAGUAUCCUCCUUUACCUGAUAUUUUUUUGGACAAUGUACCGCACAUUCCGUGGGCUUUCGAUAUGUGCGAGGUCACUGGAACCCUACUUUUCGCUAUUUGGUUGGUCGUUCUCAUUUUUCACAAAUACAGAUUUAUACUAUUAAGGAGGUUUUUUGCUCUCUCUGGUACAGUCUUCCUAUUGAGGUGUGUGACGAUGCUUAUCACCUCUUUGUCAGUGCCAGGUGCUCAUUUGCAGUGUCAACCGAGAAACACGCCCAACGAAGAAUGGAACUGGACGGCAUAUGGUGAACUGUACAAUAAAAUUUCAAUGGCAUAUGUAAUUUGGAGAGGUGCCGGAAUGUCUAUUCAGGGUGUGAGAACGUGUGGCGAUUAUAUGUUCAGUGGACACACUGUAGCGCUGACAAUGUUGAACUUUUUUAUCACUGAAUAUACACCAAGGAACCUGUACUUUGCGCACACCUUCACAUGGAUGCUCAAUAUGUUUGGAAUAUUUUUUAUUCUGGCUGCGCAUGAACAUUACUCGAUUGAUGUUUUCGUCGCAUUCUACAUAACGUCUCGACUUUUCCUUUAUUAUCAUACAUUAGCCAACAAUCAGGCACUGAUGCAACGGGACUCGAAUCGAACGAGAAUCUGGUUUCCGUUGUUCAGUUUUUUCGAAUCCUCCGUGGAUGGCAUUGUACCGAACGAGUACGAGAGCCCGUCCGUGAUUGUUUACAAUAUGAUCUGCACGCUUAAGGAAACAUGGAAUUACUUCCGAUUGAACGUUUCUGUUCGGUGUGCUCGUCGGAAUGUUAACGGUGAUGUGAAAAGCACAAAAAAAACUCAAUAACGAGAAUGAAUUCGGAAUGGGUGACGAGCUCUUUUUUUUUUAUUUUUUUUUUUAUUUUUGCGUUGUACUCUGGAUUGGUGACGAUAGACGUGAAUUAACUAUUUAUAAUAAGAUGUAACUAUCAAAUCAAUAUUUUUUGACGAGCAGUAUUUUUUUAAAUACAGUCGAAACAUGGAACAAAUCUCAAAAGGUGUUUGUAGCUGCUGGGGUUACGCUCACGUCUCGAAAAUUGAUAAUUGUCGUUCUAGAUUUUGCGAGAAUGAUAAUAAGUCGUGUGAAAUCUGCUGAUAUGUUUUCAUGGACACGCGGAUUUUCGAUUUAAUUAAUUUUCUACGACUAGUUUUAAGAGACAGUUUCCAUUAACCAUAUCAGAAGUUAUUUAGAAUGAGAGAUAUUUUGAAAAAAGGUACGUGAUCUAUGAGUUGAAUUAAAAUUGAACUACUUUCGU